AUGGCAGCCUCAAUUCAUCAUUCCAUCUGGUCUCUCCGCCCAUCUUCAUCUUCAUCUCAACACAGUAGUUGUAGCUCGAAGAAAUCGAUUUUACGAACCGGGUUCUGCAAUAACACCCUAGAUAAUUCAAAUUCAAGAAGCGGAAUGCAAGAUUGGAGGAAUAAUGGUGUUUAUAAUCCGAGUAGAUCCAUUUCAAGAACUGGGUUCUCCAACAACAUUGCAGAUAAAUCAAAAUCAAGAAGGGGAAUGCGAUCUGGGAGGAAUAGUUUUGAAGCCGAUACAACCAUUGAUGUUGAAAUAGGGGAAAAGAAGCUCUAUUUGGGGAUGGAUUUUGGUACAUCUGGAGCGAGGUAUGCAAUUAUUGACAAGGAAGGGAUCAUACAUUCAGAAGGAAAGAGGGAUUACCCUCUUUAUUUGAGUGGUGAUUCAGUUGAUUGGGUGCAAUCAUGGAAAACAACACUUUUUUCUCUUCUUGAAAGUAUACCGAUUACUCUCCGCUCAUUAAUCACUUCCAUCUCUAUAGACGGGACUUCCGCAACUACCCUGAUAUUAGACGGCAAAACAGGAGAAGCUUUAGCUAGACCUUUACUCUAUAAUGAGAGUUGUCCUGAUGCUUUACCUAUCGUAAAAUCCAUUGCCCCUCCAAACCACACAGUAUGCUCGGGUUCUUCGACCUUAUGCAAGCUCAUUUCAUGGUGGAUCUCGAGUCAUUCAAAUAAAGAGUCUGCAGUGUUAAUGCAUCAAGCAGAUUGGCUUCUGUGGCUUCUCCAUGGUAAGAUUGGAGUGUCCGACUACAAUAACGCGCUAAAGGUUGGCUAUGACCCCGAAAUCGACUCAUAUCCACCAUGGCUGAAAUCGCAGCCGUAUUCACACGUUCUACCAACCGUACAAGCUCCGGGAACUAUAAUCACUACCCUCAAAGAGGACAUAAGGAUAAAGUUUGGUUUUCCCGAGGAUUGUGUUGCGUGCACCGGAACCACAGAUAGUAUAGCUGCGUUUCUUGCAGCGGGUGCUACUCAACCUGGGAAGGCGGUGACUUCUUUGGGUUCAACACUGGCGAUAAAAUUGUUAAGCACCACGAGAAUUGAAGAUGCACGAUUCGGGGUGUACAGUCAUCGUCUUGAUGACAAAUGGCUUGUUGGAGGUGCUUCUAACACUGGCGGAGCCGUUCUCCGGCAACUUUUUUCAGACGAGCAACUCGAGAAGUUGAGUAAACAGAUAAACCCGAUGGAAGCUUCAUCAUUGGACUAUUAUCCGUUACCGGUGGAGGGCGAGAGGUUUCCGAUAGCGGAUCCCAAGAUGGUACCAAGGUUGAAUCCUCGACCAGAAAGCGAUGUAGCGUACUUGCAUGGAAUUCUUGAAUCAAUAGCACGAAUUGAGGCAAAAGGGUAUACAUUAUUGAAGGAUUUGGGAGCUACGGAAGUUGAAGAAGUGUUUACAGCAGGCGGUGGAUCCAAAAACGAGAAAUGGACAAAGAUUCGAGAGAGGGUACUUGGUUUGCCCGUGAGUCGAGCCCUCCAAACGGAAGCGGCUUAUGGGGCGGCUUUAUUGGCAUUGAAGGCAGCCCGACAAUGAUAACACGAUUUAUGGGG